CUUCCAACAGGUGUUAAUUGUUGACAACCUGACAGCUGCCGCGGCCCGAGGGAAGAGGAAAGAGGAGGAAAAAUAAUAAUAAUAAUAAGAAGAAGAAGAAGGAGGAGUAGGGAGGAAGGCCAGAGCUCGCAGGCUACAGUGAGAGGUCUACAGGCUGGGAUUUCAUGACCUGACCAGAGCCUCAAAACCCUGCAAAAGGAGAGGAAGGAGGGUCAGGUCAGGUCAGGGCAGAAGACGUGUGUGUGACUUUUCAACACCGUCGGCACACAGGUCACAGGUGGAGGAAGCAGAGGAAGAGGAGGAGAAGGAGGAGGAGGAGGAAGAACAACAGUGUGGCGUGAGGAAAGAUAAAUAGUGUGAUGCCAUUGAAAAUCAGUGUAUGAGCACGCACAAGUGAGGAGGGGGACCUACGAACCGGUACACGUCAAACAAAGAAGAAGCAGGAGGUGCAGAGAAGAGGUGGUGAAGGUGAAGUCAUCCCAUCACAAGGGCCAGGACAGCCGCCGCCAUGGCCACCAAGAACCUGACGCACAUCUUCAUGAUCAUGCGGGACAAGGCCAUCCAGAGGAGGAACAUGUACAAGAGAGUCGAGGCCUACUCCGACCAGGACUCUCUGGUGCACAGUGAGGAGCUGGAAAAUGGCGUGAGUGGGCCGGGGGACUCGCACCUCCCGGACUGGGCGGGCAUGGUGGAGGAGGUGCAGUACAACAUCCUCACGCUGCGGGAGAAGACCAAGCGGCUGGCGGCCCUGCAGAGCAACCUGGUGCGGCGGCCCUCCCUGGACGACAACACGGAGGAGGAGCGGCAGCUGGCGGCGCACAACAAUGAGAUCAGGAGGACCCUAGAGAGGUGCCAGAUGCUCAUGAUUCAAAUCAAGCACAGCGGCGGGCGAGGGCGGGAGGCGACGCUCAACAAGAAUGUGGUGCGCGCCAUGGGGUUCGCGCUGCAGGAGGUGAAGAAUGAGUUCAUGACCUCCUGCUCCGCCUUCACCACAUCCAUGAACAACUUUAAGAAGAGCAGUUCCUUUGUGCACGAGGGCGGCGGCGACUACGACAGCGACUAUGGGACCUUUGAGGGUGGCGUCGGUGGUGGCUCCAGCAUGUCCAGCCAGAGCCAGGCGUGGACACAGGAGCAGAUGUUGUUCCUGGAGGACAACACACAGAUGGUGCAGGAGAACGACCGGGCGGUGCAGCACAUCCUCCAGUCCACGGUGCAGCUCAACCAGCUCUUCAAGGAUGUGGCGCACCUGGUGUCAGAGCAGGGCACCAUUCUCGACCGCAUCGACUUCAACGUGGAGCACUCGGCCAUCAAGGUGGAGGAGGGGGCGCGGCAGCUCAAGAGGGCGGACCACUACCACCGCAAGAAUAGGAACAUAAAGUGCAUCCUCGGGCUUGGGGCCACCAUCAUCAUCCUCAUCUUCCUCCUCGUCAUCGUCAAAAUGUAGUAGGGAAAGGAGGAGAAGGAGGAGUGUGUGAGUGUGUGUGUGGAAGAAGAGGAGGAGGAGGAGGAAGAGGACUGUGUGUAUGUGCAGAAGAAGAGGAGGAGGAGGAGGAGGAGGAGUUGUGUGUCUAUGUAUGUGAAGAAGAGAAGAAGGAGGAAGAAGAAGGAGAAAAAGAGGAAUAGGAGGAGGAGGAGAUAUGUGUAAAUAUAUCAUAAUUAUCACAUUCUUCCUCCUUAUCAUAUUAAUAAAGGAAGGAGGAGGAGGGGAAAGAGGAAGAAGAGGAGGAGGAGGAGGAGGAGGAGAAAAAGUGUAUGUGUGUGUGUGUGUGUGUAUACUGUAUAGCCAUGCAAAUAUAUCAUCUUCCUCAUAAUCCUCCUCACUAUAAGAAACAGUAUAUCAAGGCAUUAGAGGAGGAGGAGUGUCAGUAUGUAUCAUGCUUCUACUAUUGCUAUACAUCACAUAAUAAUCUGCGCUGGUGUCCACAGGGUAAAGGCGACCCCACCCUGACCUUGAGGGGUUUUUUUUACGUCAAAGAAAACGGUUCAAGGGCAAUGAAAAGAGUGCAAAAAAUAUAUAAAAAGCCUGCUACUCGCCGCUCCCAUAAAAGACAAAAGUAAAGAGUAGCUGAAAGGGAGGUUAACCUAUUUGAGUAUGUGUUUUUGUCUGCAAGGGAGAGAGUUAGACAGGUGUUUUUUCUUAUCCAGGAGACAUACCAAAGAC